AUGGAUGUGAAUCCUGUCCACAAGUUACUCAAAACCCAUCAGUCCCUAUUUCAAAUUUAUUAGUUUCAUCUGAGAUUUAUUCCAGCACAUUCAGACAAUGUAAGGAAUGCUCUAACUCAAAAGUUUGUUAAAAAUGCUCCGAUGAUAAUCCUAACGAAUGCUCACUUUGCUAUGAAGAUUUUAAAUAAGAUAUUACUGGCAUUUGUGAAUCAUGCUAUUAAUCACCAUCAUUCGUUGCUUACGGCUAAUUAACUGAUCAAUGCUCAAGCUGUCAUGAUGGAUUCGGAUUGGUAUCAGGUAAAUGUGUAAGAUGCUACGAUGAUUAAUGCCUUGAAUGCUCUGGAUCUUAAGAUUGUACCUUAUGUCCUCAGAAAUAUCAAACUGUACUUCAGCCCAUAGCAUAAUGGAAGAAUGAGAAUGCUUAUCAAUGUCUAAGUAUAAUAUUUAUUUAAAACUAGAAAUUUAGGUUGUAAUUCUGGAUAAGCUGAAUAUUCCUAUAGAGCAAUGAUUAAGACCUCAAUUUGUGAAGUUUGCAACAGCACAUGCGAGGAAUGUUAAAACUAAAUUUAUUGUAGUUCCUGUAAAAAGGGUUAUUAUUUAGAGAAAAUUUCCUUAUUAGUAAGUUAUGGUUACUGCAAACUUAAGUAGUCAAACUUCACAGAAGCUACUCUGUAUGUUACUAAUAAGGAUAUUACUGAAAAUAUUUAGUUGAGAGAUGGAAGUAUUUCAAAGCCUUUUGGUGACUUAGAAGAUGCAAUAGAGAGGGCUUAUGAGAUAGCAGCUUCAUUUUAUUUUGCUUCAAUUACGAUCCUUUUGUAAAAUAGUGUUGAAUAUGGAAAUUCUCAUUAUCUAUUAAGGAGUGCUAGAGACUUUUACAUUAGCAGGUAUAUUGAUAAAGAUUCACAAGGCUUAACUUUAUUAAUCAAGCCUGAUUAAUCAGUAGAAGGAACAAUGAUUGUUUAUAAUAAAAGAGCUGAAAGAUUUCAAAUGAAUAUUGGUGGAGGCCUUACUAUAUAAAACAUUGAGUUUGAUGGUUUAGAUUCAAUAAUCCCUUACAGAAAAGAUAUCUCUGGUUGUCUUGGUUAAAAGAUUAAUUGCUGCUAAAAUAUUAAUGGCAUAAUCUCAUCAUUGACAACCACUCAAUGUAUAGACAAUUUAAAUAAUGAUUUUUGGAUCUCAAAGUAAAUGAUUUAAUUUUAUUUCCAUUUAUAGGGUGUGAAAUUCAGAAAUUAUUUCUUCAACUUCAACUCAUUUAUUGAGACUAAUGACGUGACUAGUAAAAUUCAGAUUAUAGACUCAAAAUUUGAAUACUUCUCAUCAUGCGGGGCAAUCAUUAGAAACUUCAGGACGAAAUCAAAGCCAUCAAUUCUCGAUAAAUAAGAUUAUUCGACAGCAGCUCCUUUCAAGUAUAUCUUCAGAUCUAACUAGUUGUAAUAUGAAGCUUCUAAAAGAUUACUUCUAAAAUAAGGAGUUAUAGGAUAUUCCUAGUCUAGUAAUUAGCCAUAGGUUAUAUCUAAUAAUACAUUUUUAAGUAAUGCAGGGUAUUUUUAGAAUGUAGGUCUCUUUAUAAGAGCUUAUGUCAAUAGCAAUAUUUACGAAUCUACAGUUCUUCAAAAUUUCUAAUGUAAUGGCAUCUAGACAUUUGAUAAUUAAACAUUUCAAGUUGAUAUGAACAAGUUUUAACUGAAUAAUAAUGUUUUUGAGUCUAACUAUGGUAGUGCAAAUUAAGGACUGGUAGACAUUACAGGGAUUAAAAUUUUAUCAUUAGAAAAUAACAUAUUCAAAUCAAACGGAGAAUCAUCUGCUGAAGUUGCAAACAAAUUAUCUGACUUAAGUGUUUCAAAUCUACUAUACGUUGAAAAUGAUUAAUUUGGCCAAUAUGAAAGUUCACUAUAAUAAGGAACUAGUAGCACCUACAUGUUUAUGAUGGCCUUAAUUUAAUUGAACCACUGUUCUCAACUAAGAUUAAAAAAUAUUUCUUUUGAAGGUAACUGGAUUGAAUCUGCAAACGAUGGAGUAAUAAGAGCUCAAAUUUUGAUGCUUAAAAAUUUCUAUGGAUCUUUCAUUCUAGAUUAAAGCAAAAUAGACAAUCAUCUAGGCUUACUUAAUCCAUUACCAUAAUUACUUUAUCCCAACUAUGCAAGCACUUAUAAUUACCAAGGUGGAUAAUUACCACUUCUAAGUGGAGAAGGAUAUGGGAAUACAAAAAUUUGA